AUGCUGGACCCGGGGUUGACGCCCGAAGGGCCGCACAGGCUGCGAGGGGAGGGCAGGCACCUGCUGCAGCCGUUCCGGUUAGUGGAAUGGGGUGGGUGCUACGUGCAUUUGGGGCAGUUCGCCCCGCUGGGUUCGGAGACCACAGCAGCAGAGCUGCCUAUCUAUCCCAACUACGUGCAUUUGGGGCAGUUCGCCCCUCUCGGGUCGGAGACCACAGCAGCGGAGCUGCCGGGCGACUGGGUCAGCAUUGGCAGGUGCACACAAUGGCUCUGGUACUCCGUGUAUGCCAGGUGGGUGUGCUGUGCAGUAUGGGGGCAUGCAUGUGCUUUGAUUGGAGGUCCACGCAGUGGCUCUGGUACUGCGUGUACGCCAGGUGGGUGUGCUGAUGAUGACGUGUGA